CAGAAAAGAGACAAUAGAAGCGGUUACCCCUCACUGCCUACAACAUGAAGCUGGUUUUAAUUGUGCAACUGAUCUGGCUGUGUCAAGGUGACCCUUACAUUCACAAACUCGCUGGUAAAUGCAGCUUCACGCUAAGGGUGCAUGGAAACAGGAGCAGUGAUAUGGUGGCAUUGCCAGCAGACUCUACAGAUGUGCUGGUUGAACAGAUGUGUCAGGAUCUCGACUGCGGCAGGGUCUAUCAUGUGAAUAAAACCAACUCACCUCCCAAUGCCAUCUGCUUUCACGACUGUUUGUACCGAGAUGGUCGUUUGCAGAACUGUUCACAGAGUAUGGGAGUUAACUGCACUGUGAUUGCUGAGGCUGUUUGUGGCCAACAGGCUGUGCGGCUGUCAGGAGGGUCAGACCGCUGUGCCGGGCGGGUGGAGCUGUGGAGAGACGGGAAGUGGGGCACCGUGUGCGACGACCAGUGGGACCUGCGGGACGCCCACGUGGUGUGCGCCCAGCUUGGCUGCGGUUACGCCCUACGUGUGACGGGACAGGGCGGCUCCUUCCCCCCGGGAAGAGGACCGGUCCACCUGGACGAGCUGAACUGUACCGGCAGAGAGGAGAACCUGUGGGCCUGUCCGGCCGCACAGGACGAGCCCGACUGCGGACACAAAGAGGACGCUGGGGUCGUAUGCUCAGAGAUGAGAGCAGUCAGACUGACUGGUGGUCUGGACCGCUGCUCUGGUAAAGUGGAGGUCCACCGUAACGGCAGCUGGGGUACUGUGUGUGAUAACUGCUGGAACAAGAACAUUGCCUCCAUGGUGUGCUCCAUGCUGCGGUGCGGUUCCAGGCCGCAGCAAUUCUCCCAGUUUAUUCCCUUUCUCACCCUCAACGACGGGGCACAGUGGUUCUAUCUAUGCGAUCGAGACGCGCAGAGUCUGUGGCAGUGCAAGGAGUUUGUCAACUCAACGCACCUGUGCAUAUCUUCAAAGGCAUCCGGGGUCAUCUGUAAUGGUUCCCUCGGGUUUCCUGAAGCCAUCACAUCCACCACAACUAAUGCAACUAUAUUGACCAGUUGGACGGAUGUGUCCGUCCCAAAAGGAGCGACCUCAGUCGAUGGGGCUGGAGGCUUCGACACAGUGAAGGUGCUGCUCACCAGCACCAUCGCUCUGGCUCUUCUUCUUCUUGUGGUUCUCAUCACCAACUCGGUGCUCUGCUGCCAUUACAGAAGACGACACGCGUUCUUAAUUCAGCAGACUGGCAGCAGCCCACGACCGGACCCCGAACAUCAUCACAACAACUACCAAGGCGCCGUCGACCUCGUCAAGGUCACUUCCAACCCCCUGCAGACAGAAGCCCCCUCCAAUCCCAGGUAUCUUUGGACCCAGCUUAGUAGCGUUGACAGCACGUCCAUAGAUACAGACUAUGAGCAGUAUGAGCCAAGCAAUGAGCCGUCUUACCCUUUAUCAACCUUUCGGAAUUCUCAGAGGUACAGAGCAGACGUGAACCCUUUGGUGAGGCCCUCUGGUCUCGACAGCCUCUGCGAGGAAGCUCCUGAACCCACAGAGGAGGUGAUGGGAGUCUUUUCAGGCUGCAAUGGCGGCCCCGAAGAGGCUCAAUAUGCAAGAGUGUCAAAGAUCUCAGUGGACUCAUUCGAUACCUCCAGUACUUCCUCUGGGGAAAACUACGAAAACACAAACAACGGCUAUGUCAUCGUCGCUCCGGAACCAGGACUGGCCCAGUCACCUGUCGUCAACGAUGCCUUUGACCCUUCAAGGCUCGUCUGCAGCAAUGAUCAACUUAACCUCGGGCAAAUGACGAACCUGCAGAAUUCGAGCGACGAAGACAACGGCCCAAUCUACUCUCCUGUUAGCCCCGACCAAGACUCUCCAUCUGAGGACGACUACGAUGACGUCGACAUCAUACAGUAACCAGAGGAGGUAACUGAGAGACUAGAGAGCGUGGGACUGGAGCUGCAAAACUGCACUGAAAGGAAACGUGCACUGUAAGACCAAGCGCCUGUUUGGAGGGGGGAAACCCAAUCGGCAUUUAUUUAUUGGUUUUCAGGCUAGAAAAAGUCUGUACAUGUAGGUUAAAAAUGGAUACAAGUCUAUGUUACAUAUAACCAUCAACAGUAAUUCAAUGACCACACGUUAUUGUGUGGAGCAGUCAAUAUUGAAAUGCUGUUGAUAAAAGACUUAAAUGUGGCCUUGGCAUCUAAAAAUGUUAUUUUCAACCAAAUUCAGACCAAUUUUUUCAUGAAUUACUUUUUACUUGCAACUUACAAACCAUUUUUUCUUUAAACCACAUUAAUAUCUUUAAUGUACAGCCGUUGAAACUGGACGUGUGAUUGACCCACUGCAGGUAUCACAAAAACACAUUUUAUGCCUUUUUUGCCAACUGUUUUAAAAACCCUUUUAUGGUGCAUUUAAUGAUGCUCAGACAGUCAGAUGCCAAUGACAGUUGGCUAUGGAAAUCUAAGCCUGGAGAAAAAUUGUGUACAAAUUUCGAUGUUGUGAAAAGGAUGAUGUGUGAUUCGUAUUGAAAAGUUCGGAUGCACUCUGAAAUAUGUCACAUUCGAGCAUUGUGCAAUUGCUUUUUUCAAUACAGUUACUGCUUUCAGCUGCAUUGCAAUGCAAAUUUAUUUAAAAGAGGAAAAAUCAACAAAAUGUUCACUGUGAUAGACCAAUGACUGCCUGUAAGGUAGGAAAUCAAACUGAGAAAUUAAGGUAUUUGUAGGGGAUCUGUGAAUGUAGUAACAAUUGUAACGUGUACGAUUUUAAUUUUGAAUAAUCAACUUAUGUGUUUGCAGAGCAGCAUGUUAUUACUAGGAUGUGUUCAAACAAUGUGCUGAUGUUUGCUUUGUAUCUUCCUGCGGAGAUUGGUACAUUUAGACUAUAGAGUUCCAACAUAAUCUCCAGAACUGUGAUGUGCACUACAUGGCCAAAAGUAUGCGGACACCCACAAAUUACACCAAUCUAUAAUUGUUGAACAUGUCAUUCUAAAACUAUUGGCAUUUUUCUGCUGCUAUAACACCCUCAGCUCUACCUGGGUGAGCCAUAUCUCUAUAGACCUCACUUUGUGCGCUGGAGCAUUCUCAUGUUGAAAUAGGAAAAAGCCUUCUAUAAACUGCCCACUAAACUGCACACUAUUGUCUAAAUAACAUAACUGUUUGCAGUAGUACCCACAAUCACAAUAAAUGAACCCGCACCAAAUGCACACAGAAGUACCUGUCCUUAUACUUUUGGCCGUAUAGUAUAUCCAAAUAAUGUAUAUAAAUAACACACCAUCCUGGUAAAAGUGUAAUCAAACUAUUGUGUACUACCACUAGGUGGCACCAUGAGCUUGUAAAUAACUAAAAGUUUAAGCGUCUGACUGGAGUGAAGCUCUUGCUUAUAAAAUACAAACACAAACAAACUUGUAAUGGCAUCAAAUAUUUGCCAGAUAAAUGUUAUCCAGGUUGUAGCA